AUGUCGCUUUAUCAGUUUAGAUGGGAUUUUAUUCUUGCCCGCAUACUUACAUUGAUGGACGCAUUUGUGGAAAAGGCUGUUAUCGACCAGAGUGUUGUCAUAUUCACUGAAAAAUGUGACCACGUAUCCCAUGUGGUGAAUGUGGCGAAAAGAAGAUCCACCAGAUCCUUAAAUGACUCAUCCAACCACUUCCCCGAACCUACCGAUAGUAGUGAAAACGAGAAUGACGAGAGUGAAAGUGAAGCAAUUGUCUUCGAGUUGGAUGAAUUAAAAAAGUGGAUAGAGUCUCUCAAUCAAGAAACAAAGAAAGUUCAAAGAAUACCAAAUGUAAUUAAUAGAAGACGUAGUAAAUGGAGUAAAAAUAACAUGGAAACACUUUCGUCAAUAAUCGUGUUUAUUAGACCAUGUACAUAUCCUACUUUUACCACAUAUGAACGGGAUCAAGUAGUCAAUACUAAUCCUUAUGUUGUCAAAAAAUCGAUUUUGGUUGACCCCCUUUCAUCCUCAUUAUAUGAAGCUUGUAUUGACAUAAGCAAUGGAGUAUUCUCAGAUGAAUAUAAUUUUAUGUUUUCGAAUACUGAGAUUCCUGAAAGUUUGACACCAUUCAUUUAUCUCAAUUUUGACAGUAUGAUAGAUUAUCAGGCUUCAACUGGUUAUUUGAAAAAGAAAUAUCCAAAAUGCAAUAUCAAAAAUGUCGUCAGAGAAAAGAUUCCUGAAACAAAAAGAAAUAGAUUGAAAAAAUAUAUCCUAGACUUUAGACGUAGAUAUGGAGAUGAACUUUAUCCUGUUAUGCGAUUACUUAUGCCACAUCUUGACAAAGAACGAACAAAUUAUGGAAUGAAAGAAAUGGUAAUAGCAAAGACUUAUAUAGAUGUAUUGGCUCUGAAUAAAUUCUCUGAUGAUGCACAAAAAUUGCUUCACUGGCGAACGCCUAAUGGAUCACAAAAUAAAACAGCUGGUGACUUUGCUUUAAUUGCAUAUGAAGUUAUUGCACCUAGAUCAACUGUGACAGGACGUAAUACAAUGACUAUUGAAGAUGUAAAUAACCAAUUAGAUAUUUUAAAUGCUGCUAAGCUUAAAAUGGGAAUGAGUGAAAAAACAAUCUUUUCGUUUUGUCAUCCAGAUGCGCUAGAUCUUUUUAAUGUUUGCAGUGAUUUGAGAAAAGUGUUUACCGAUUUAAAAAAUCCAAAUGACAGACUUCCUUCUUCAGGGAUCACAGUAUUUCAUCCGUUUAAACCUAUGCUUUCCAAACCAGUCGCUAUUCAGGAAAUUUUAAAAUUAAUGGGUGGAAAUUUUUGGAUAGAAGAAAAGAUUGAUGAACUUUAUAAUAGGAGAGCAAAUCAAUACACCUAUUUAUAUGGGAAUAAUAAAGAUGAAGGCUCGUUAACACCGCAUAUCUACAAUCAAUUUCAUCCCAGAGUUAAUGAAAUAAUAUUGGAUGGAGAAAUGGUAAAUUGGGAUCCUACUACUGAAGUUUUCAGGCCAUUUGGAACUUUAAAAGCUGCUGGAAAAGACAUAGUGUUUGAUAUCAUUUUAGUAAAUGGUAGACAAUUGAUUGAUCAAAAGCUGGAGAAGAGACAUGAAUAUCUUAGGUCUUUUGUUACUUCCAAACCUUAUCAUAUAAUAAUCUUGGAUCAUAAAAUUGGAUCUUCGAUGAAGGAUUUAACAGAUGCUAUUGAUGAAGCAGUUAUGAAAAGACAAGAAGGAAUUAUUGUAAAAAAACCAUCUAGUACAUAUGUUUUAAAUGAAAGGAUCAAUGAGUGGAUCAAAGUUAAACCAGAAUAUUUAGAUACACUUGGUGAUGACUUAGAUUUAAUUGUUGUCGGUGCUAAUUAUGGAGCAGGGAGACGUGGCAAUAUGUUUGGUAGUUUUAUGUGUGCUUUAAGAGAUUUGAACUCAUCUUCUUCCGAUGGUCAAAUACGUUUUUUAUCAUUUUGUCGUUUUGGGACAGGAUUUUCAAUGAAAGAAGCCGAUGAAUUAAAGGCACUUAAAGGUUGGGAACGAUUUGAUCCAAAUAAUGCACCAAGUUGGCUUAUAGUAGGUCGUGAUAAACCACAUAUGAUUAUUAGACCAGAAAUAUUUCCGCGGUUUGAAAAAGUUCGUUUCAAUAAAGACUGGGAAAGUUCUAUGACAUUUGAAGAAAUGAUGAACCUAAGAAGAUUUGCUGCUGGUCGUCUACAGUCAAAAAAAGUAACAGAUGAUGAUUUAUUAACUACUGCAAGAGCUAUAAGAAGAGGGAAAACGGGUAGAUCAUUGAGAGGAAAAGGAACUUCUAUACUUGAAACAUUUAGUAAUCAUAUUAUGAUUCCAAAAUUUCAAAAUUAUUCAAAAUUAGAUCUGGAACGUAUAAUUAAAGAACACGGUGGUCGAUUUUUUCAACAUCAUGAAGCACAGCAUAAUAUGUACAUUUUAGCUGAUACAACUUCAAAUAUUCGUAUUCGUAAUCUUAUAGAAAGAGAAAAAUAUGACAUAAUAAAACCUCAAUGGGUUUUAGAUUGUAUUGAUGUUAUGGAAGUUAUACCUUUGGGACCAAAAUAUAUGUUGUUUACUACACAAGAAACGGCCCAAGAAUUUCUUACUAGAAUGGAUGAAUCAGGUGAUAGUUAUACGGACCCAGUAAAUUCAGAAACAUUGAAAGAGAUUUUUGAUGGUAUGGAAAUGCAGAAAGAAAUCAAUCUUUAUCAUGAGAAUCAUCUUCGGUUGGUUAAUGAAAUCGAGGAAAAAUAUUUUGAUGAUGGAGGAUUACCAAAUUCUUUAUUUAGGAAUUUGGUGGUUUUUAUUGAGUAUCUGCCUUUUAAACAAUAUCUAGACGGGGAAGAAUCAAAAGAUAGUUUAUGGGCUUUACAAGAGGGAUGUCGUGAUAGGUGA